AUGUCAGGGGUGGAGCGCAAGAGCAGCGCUGACAAGGCGGACGAUGCGACCUUCAUUGAGCGAAGCGUUCCAGUUCGCUUGGAGAACGCCGGCGAGAAGAAUACCGUGGAGUGGGCCCAGUUGAUCCAAGAUGCUAUCGCUGCAGAGCGUCAAGAGCGUGAACAAGGAUGGCGACAGGCGUUCAAAGAUUAUCCUCAAUCCAUCUUCUGGUCUUUCGCCAUUAGUCUCUGUAUCAUCAUGGAAGGAUAUGAUACUGCUCUGCUCGGGAGUAUCACUGGACUGCCAAUCUUCAGGCAAAAGUAUGGUAAAUACUCCGGCAACGCAGCAGAUGGCUACCAGCUCGAGCCAGCGUGGCAGACGGCUAUCGGUCAGGCAUCGACAGUGGGAAACAUCAUUGGUAUCUUCGUCGCCUCGUGGUUUCAGGACAGGUAUGGAUAUCGGCACACCAUUCAGAUCUCUUUGGUCCUCAUGGCUGCAUUCGUCUUCAUCGUCUUCUUUGCGCCAAACGUCCAAGUCCUCUUCGUUGGCGAGCUCCUCUGCGGUUUGCCUUGGGGUGCCUUCUCAAGCUCCGCGGUCUCCUACGCUUCCGAAGUGACCCCUGUCGCUCUCCGAGGUUAUCUGACGACCUACGUCAACUUGUGCUGGGUCAUUGGGCAAUUCAUCAGUGCUGGAGUGUUGCUCGGUGUCCAGAAUCGACCAGACAAGUGGUCAUACAAGAUCCCCUUUGCUGUGCAAUGGGCGAGUCAAAACAAGCAUCACAAUGUCUGGCCGAUCCCUCUGUUCAUCCUCGCCACUCUCGCUCCCGAGUCCCCUUGGCUCCUGGUUCGCGCAGGCAAACUUGAACAAGCCAAGAAGUCCGUCAUGCGCCUGUCGAAGCGCAACGGAGACACCGAUCCAGACAAGGUCAUAGCCAUGAUGGUCAGGACGAACCAGCUUGAACUGGAGAAUCAGCCUGGAGUCAGCUACUUUGACUGCUUCCGUGGAUCAGAUCUCCGUCGCACAGAGAUUGCUUGUAUCGGUUGGGCCAUCCAAGUUUUGUCUGGAUCUUCGCAUGCAUACACAGGAACCUAUUUCUUUGAACAAGCCGGACUCAGCACUGCCAAUGCCUUCAAAUUCAAUCUCGGACAAUACGCGAUUGGCUUCUGCGGUACCGUAGGUUCCUGGUUCACCAUGACAUAUGUGGGAAGACGGACUGUCUACCUGUAUGGCCUUUCAGUACUGGCUGUGCUUCUCAUCCUCAUCGGUGGUCUUGCUGUGCCUUCUGCUCACGGAGACUCCGGCGCGAAAUGGGGACAAGCUGCCCUCGUUUUGAUGUGGGUCUUCACCUAUGAUUUCACAGUUGGCCCUGUGGCGUAUUGCAUCGUCGGAGAAGUGUCCUCCACUCGGCUGCGAGUGAAAACUGUCGGCUUGGCUCGAAUCACCUACAAUAUUGUUGGAAUAGUGGCUGGAAUUCUCAACACCUACAUGAUGAACCCCCUCGCAUGGGGCUGGAAGGGAUACGCAGGUUUCUUCUGGUUUGUUUCUUGCGUCCUCUGUUGGAUCUGGUCCUAUUUCCGGCUUCCCGAAUGCAAAGGACGAACGUAUCGCGAGCUGGAUAUUCUCUUCGAGCGACACGUAUCGGCAAGGAGGUUCAGGAGGACAGAAGUCGACUUACAAGACUCGCAAUUGCACGAGCAUGGUCCUUGA